CCUGCAGGACCUUAUAGUCGGCAGACAUGGAGCACAAAACUCAACUAACGCUGGCUUUUCUUCUUGCUCAGGUGUUGCUACAAACAUUCACAGUUAGUUCUGACUGCACACCUGGAUUCCAGCAGAAGAAAUAUCAAGUCUUACAGCCCUCAGAAUAUAAAAAGGACCAGUUCAUUUUGAAAGUGCUCUUUGAUGACUGCAGUGGGAAUGAAGGGCUGGUGUUUUCAAUUUCUAAUCCAGACUUGCGGGUUGAAGCAGAUGGUUCUGUAUUUGCUGUAAAAGAUAUGGAGCCUACUAUACCUGGAUUCUACAUCCAAGCAACAUCUGUUCAUGUGCAAGACUUGGCCAAAGUUCAGAUUCUAAGAGAAGAAGAUACUCAGAGUGGUACUUUGAAGGAUGCUGUGAAGAUUGGAAACAGCACUAUUCUUCACAGAAGUAAACGAUCUUUAAUAGCUCCUCCCAUCUCAUUCCCUGAAAAUCAAAGAGGACCGUUCCCCAAAGCUAUUGGAUGGGUAAUAACCGACAAGAAAGAUAAUGUCAAGUUUCAACUUCACGGGAAGGGUGUGGAUGAAGAACCAAAGGGCAUUUUCAAAAUCAAUGAUCAGUCUGGACAAAUCAUUGUCACCCGGACAUUGGAUCGUGAGACUAUGGAUAUGUAUAUUCUGCAAGUCGAAAUUACUGAUCCCAGUGGAAAACUUCUUGAGGGACCAGCCACCCUGUAUAUCACUAUUAUCGAUCAGAAUGAUAACAAACCCCUCUUCAGGGAAGGACCGUACGUUGGCCAUGUUCUGGAAGCAUCCCCCACUGGAACUACUGUGAUGCGAAUGACAGCUCAUGAUGCAGAUGACCCCAGUACAAACAAUGCAGUUCUGCGCUACAGUAUCAUAAAACAAACACCAGAGACACCAUCUCCAAACAUGUUCUACAUCGAUCCCGAGAAAGGAGAUAUUGUCACAGUUGUGCCUCCAUCAAUGUUAGACCGAGAGACCCUGGAAGUACUGAAAUACGAGUUGAUUGUUGAAGCUAAAGACAUGGCGGGCAGUGAUGUGGGAUUGACAGGCACAGCGACAGCAACCAUCAUCAUCGAUGACAAGAAUGACCAUGCACCUGUGUUCACCAAAUCUAUGUUUCAAGCUACAGUGAAGGAAGGAUUUACUGGCAUCAUAGUAAAUCUUACAGUGGAGGACAAUGACGACCCAGCUACUGGAGCGUGGAGAGCUGUCUACACCAUCAUCAAUGGAAAUCCUGACCAGAAUUUCAAGAUUGAAACUAACCCAAAGACUAAUGAGGGAAUGUUAUCUGUUGAUAAAUCUUUGGAUUAUGAAAGAUCUGCAUUUCAUACGCUGCUAAUUAAAGUGGAGAAUGAAGACCCAAUCAUGCCAGAAAUAAGAUAUGGUCCCAGUUCUACCACCACAGUACAAGUCACAGUUGUUGAUGCCAAUGAACCACCUAUUUUCAAUCCAGAUCCAACAAAUGUAGUCAAACUGGAGAACAUCCCAAUAGGCAGUGUUGUUGUGACAUUGAAUGCAACUGAUCAAGAUAUUCUACAGAAGCAGACAAUUAAGUUUGCACAGUUUCAGGAUCCUGCUGGCUGGCUGACCAUCAAUCCUAACAAUGGUACUGUUACAACCAAAGCAGCCCUGGAUCGGGAAUCUCCCUUUGCACAUGACGGUCAAUACACAGCCUUAUUUCUUGCUACUGACAAUGGUGACCCGGUAGCUACUGGCACUGGUACCUUGAUUAUCAGCAUGCUGGAUGUGAAUGACAACCCACCCUCUGUUUAUCCAACUGUAGCAAAGUUCUGUGAGGAUUCAAAGGAUCUCAGUGUGGCUAUUCUGGGAGCAACAGACAAAGAUCUUGAACCAAACGCUGAUCCAUUCAAAUUUCAGUUGGGCAAGCAACCUGGAGUUGAAAAAACCUGGAAGGUCACCCCGGUCAACAGCACUCAUGCUCGACUCAGCCUCCUGCAUUCACUGAAAAGAUCCAACUACAAUUUGCCAAUUGUAGUGACAGACAGUGGGAAGCCCCCAUUGACCAACAGCACAGAUGUUUUAGUCCAAGUCUGCUCUUGCAAGAAGAACAAAAUGGACUGCAGCACAGCCAACUCUCUCCACAUCAGUAUCACACUCCUCUUGAUUUCUAUCAUCACAUUGUUCUGCCUGUAACAAGCACUGCUGUUUGAUGCUGCCCACGGAGUUGCUGUGGCAACAAGAGGGGAAAAAAAAGCCAAAUCCGAAGAUUUUACAGGAUUUACAGUUGUUCAAGUUCUAGACCUCCUUGCUCCAAGCACGCUUUAAUUUGUACCUUCACUAGUCUAUCAAACUGUGCUAUGGUCAAUGACAGCCUCUGACCUUACUAGCUUCCACUAAUGGGUUCCACCUCGAUAAGCAAGUGUUGCAUUGCUUUUCCUUGAAGUUAGACUGAACAUCCAUUCAGAGGACGUGAAGAUAGAGUACACAAUUAACCCAAUAUUCUGCUCUACAAUAUUUUAAUUGUAAUGGCAAUGAAAAGAAGGCUAUUUUGACAAAUCAAAACAUUUUUUACAGGAGACACUAUUUGGAAGCUAAGUAAGACAUGCUGUUGGUUCUUGUAAGGCAAAUUGUUCUCUGUGUGUCAAGGAAGUUUUAAGACAAAUUGUUCUUUGUGUCAAGGAAGUUAAACAUAGAUUGUGCGUAAGUGGUAAAUAUUGCUGUA